ACAAGUUACAAUUUACGUUGUCCAGCAUUUAACAACAUUCUACUGCAACUACGGCCUUACACAUUUCACCGACUGAUUAUCCAUUAUACUUAAGUGAUCCCGCACCAAUUUCGGGCGCCCGUUCAUUCCUCAGAUCCCGACCAGCAACCGAAGCCGCCUUAAUAUGCCGCCUGUGGACACCACCCCCAACAUAAGCACUGGCAACUUCGAAUUGCUCUAUUCGCUGAAGGCCUACAACAAAAUACCGGUGUCCGAGUACAUUUCGAAGAAGACCGGUCUGACCGUCGUGAUCGCCGAAGUCGAUGGGCCUGUUGUCAAUGGGUACUUUUGCCUAGUGACCGAGGCGUUUGACGAUGACGGUUUGCCGCACACUUUGGAGCACCUCAUUUUCCUGGGUAGCGAACAGUACCCAUACAAGGGGGUGCUGGAUCUGUUGGCCAACCGGUGCCUGGCUUCUGGCACAAAUGCCUGGACUGACAUAGACCAUACUUGUUAUACUAUGGAAACUGCUGGCAGUGAAGGUUUUUUAGCACUUAUGCCUAUAUUUUUGGAGCACAUUUUAUAUCCCGUUUUGACUGAAGAAGGAUUUGUCACAGAAGUGCACCACAUCACAGCCGAAGGCGAAGAUGCUGGUGUUGUUUACUGUGAGAUGCAGGGUAGAGAAAACUCGGCUGAAUCCAGAUUGCAUUUAACCCUGGCCAGGAACAUGUACCCAGGAAGGUGUGGUUAUUCCUCAGAAACUGGAGGUAUCAUGAAAAAUCUCAGGGAAUCAACAACCAAUGAAAAAGUGAGGAACUACCACAAAGAGUUUUACAGGCCUGAAAAUUUGAAGGUUAUAAUAACUGGCCAAGUUAAUCCGGCAGACGUUUUCAAGUCACUGGAGGUGUUGGAACAGAAAAUUCUCGCCAAAGGUGACAGAGGGAAGUUUGAAAGACCAUGGCAGUCACCAAUUCCUCCAGUGGUAGAAUCCAAGGACAUUGUCCUUAAGUACCCAUCAGAUGAAGAGGACAAUGGUUUAUUCAGUAUGGCUUGGAGGGGACCAUCUUCAGUCACAGACCUCUACAACUUGACUGCCUGCAGCCUUUUCCUCAAGUACCUGACCGAAUUUUCCGUUUCACCUUUGCCCAAACAGUUCGUCGAAAUACCUGACCCCUACGCCAGCAGCGUUUCUUAUAAUAUUUACGAGAACGCCGAGAGCUGUUUGUACCUUUCAUUUCAAGACGUCCCCGUUAAUAAACUGCCGGAAGUGAGGGAGAAGCUCCAGGAGAUCCUAAAGCUAAUUUACGAAAAGAAGGACAUCGACAUGGAGAGGUUGCACAGCAUUAUCAACAAGUACAAGUUGGAAAGCUUGAGCAACAUCGAAAAUAGCCCGCAUAACUCCAUUGCCUUCAUGAUUAUUGGACACAUGCUGUAUGGCAACAAAAAGCAAGAUCUUCAACAACGUGUGAACCCCCUGGACGACCUCUACAAACUACUCAAAGAACCGAAAUCCUUCUGGCUGGACUUGCUGAACAAAUACCUCAUUGACAACAAGUAUAUCGCAGUGCAAUGCGUGCCCAGCAUCCAGGAACAGCAGGACAUGGCCAAGGAGGAGAAGGAACGGAUCGAAAAGCAGGUGAAAACUCUCGGCGAGGCUGGACUGAAAGAGAAGGGGGAAUUGCUGAGCAAGGCCAUAGAGUACAACGAACGUGACCCGCCCGAAAACAUGCUGACGUCUGUACCCAUUCCCGGGAUAACUUCAAUGAACUUCCACUCGGUUUCCCGCUUCAAGUCCGACGAGGAGAACAACGUUCUGAACCUGACCGACACGCCAAUCUUCACCUACUUCGACCACGUCAAAACCAACUUCGUCUACAUUUACGGCCUCUUGGACACGUCCGACAUUCCGGAAGAUCUCAGGGUUUACCUGCCGUUGCUGCUGGAGUCGCUUCUCGAACUGCCGAUCGAACGCAAUGGGGUGGUCAUCCCGUACGAACAGGUGGUCGCCCAGUUGAACCACGACACCGUUGCGGCGAGCGCAGGAAUCGGCUUGACCGGAGGGUCCAAACGGCUGUUCAGAUGCGGGAACUACUCCAAUACGAUCACGGUAGCCUUGCAGGUCGAGGCCAACAACUACGACAUUGGGGUUAAUUGGUUGAAGGAGAUUUUGUACAAGACCAUUUUCACCGCCGACAGGCUCAAGGUGGUGGCGCAGAAGAUGUACAACUCCAUUGCGCAGGCUAAGAGAAGCGGCAGGGACGUGGUGGCGUUCUUAAUGAAAGCUUUGAACUACAUUGAAGACUCUAACGUUCAGAAAAACAGCAUGCUGGUACAAAGCAAGUUCCUGACCAACAUAAUCGAAAAACUCAACGGGGAAUUCACUGAAGAAGUUAUUUUCACGUUUGACAAACUGAGGAAACUUAUCACUGACCCAAAGAACGUAAUUUUGUACUGCGCCGGAAACCUUGACAUACUGCGUAACGUUGAGAAGCCACUAAAGAAUAUUAUUCCUGAAGACGUUGUCCUGACAGAAAAACAAGCAAAAUUAAACGUCACCCCAGACUACAGGCUAAUAAAACAUGAGAGCAAGGACACACUGAGUGGAGCCGUAAUUGGAAUGGGAUGUCUCGAAUCUUCGUUCUUCUAUCAGUCAACGCCGACAAUCACUUCCUACACUGAUCCCGACUGCCCGGCUUUGAUGCUGUACCUCCAAUACUUAAUUCAAGCUGAAGGACCAAUGUGGAAGCAAAUACGAGGCAAAGGAUUCGCCUACGGUUACACGAUGCUGGCGAAGUUCAAUGAAGGCUUGCUGUACUUGGUGUUCUCGAGGGCCACCAACGCACUAGGUGCCUACAAGGAAACGGUGGACAUCGUCCAGAAGCAAAUCGAAUCGAAAACGUGGGACAACACGUUGUUGGAGGCUGCCAAGAGUUCGCUCAUCUUCGAAAUCAUCGAAGAGGAGAAAACUAUUGGUAAUGUAGUAGAUUUGUCUGUUACUUCAUACUUUCAAGGUGUUGAUUACAAACACAACAGGACACUCAUACAAUUGAUAAAUCAGGUUACAAUUGAUGAUUUGAAUAGGAUAGGAGAUAAAUAUGUGGCAAAAUUGUUUGACCCCCAACAGGUGAAAACUGCUGUUGUGACUGUACCUUCUAAAGUCAAUGAAAUUGUUGAAGGAUUUAAACAGUUUGGUCUUAAUCUUCAGGGAUUCCCAUCAUUGGAAGAAAGCUUUUUGAAUAAAUAAUAUGCUUAUUUUGUUAAACUAUUGUGAAUUUAAUUAUAAUAAACACGUAACAUUUUCCUUAUACACUUAUUUAAUAUUGAUUUACAAGAUUGUUAUUAAUUAAAUGGCUUGAAUUUA